AUGCCAGACUGUUGGUGCUACUGGUGCACAGACUGUGGCUGGCAGCGAUUCAGGCCAGAACAUCCCCCUGGGCAGUGGAGUGUGGUGGUGGUGGUGUGGGCGUCGUGGAAAACCCGCAGGAGAAAGGUGGCUGCAAGGGCAGUGGGAAGAUCCGCUGGUCUGUCACUCGUACAGGCAAAACGAGGAGAAAUCGAGGAAAAGUUGAACGGGGGAAUAAGGGAAGAAGUCAGUGACUGGAGAACUGUUGCAGAGCAGCAGAACUGCUUUCUGCCUGGCCCUCUGCAUUGGCUGCUGGCCCCUGAAACGGAGGGACCCCCAGCAGGGCUGGAUGAGCUCGCCUGUGCUCCAGAUUCCCGCAGGAGGACGGAACAAUCCACGGAACAAAUGUCAGCUUUCAGCGUACGGAAGCAGUCUCCUAGUCAGAGCGAUAAGAAGAGCCCCUCUGUUGCAAUCAAAAGCAGACAACAGGCUACCCAUGAUAAUAAUAAACGACGGACCCUUUUGCAAGACAACAGCUGGAUAAAGAAGAGACCUGAGGAGGAAAAUGCUGAUGAAAACUACGGAAGGGCUGUGCUUAACCAAUACAAAUCCCAAGACAGCCUACACAGUGGUAGCACAAAUGAAAAGGAAGAUCAGAAAGCUGUAAUUGGACGAUACAGAUCUGAUACCACCUUGGACAGAAUCCCAGCCGGAAGUGAUACUGAUAAAAUAAAUAAGUCCCCAACUCUGAACCAUAAGCAAAACAACAGACAAUCUUGGACUCCCAAUGCAGCAUCCACGAACACUCCAGUCACUUCUCCAACCAAGAAAAAGAGGCAAUCUUGGAUGCCCCCUCCAGUUUCGAGUAGUAAGACUCCAACAGAAACAGUGGAAAGCAAACGAACCACUUCAGAAAAUUCAGAGGUUCCAACAACGGCUGCCCUUUCAUCAGAACAUGUGACUCCUCAAAAAUCAAAGACUGAUGUGGACCAUCAAGCUACAGCAAGGAACCAAGAUCACGAAAACCUCAGCAAAGUGAAUCCAAGUUCUUUCACAAGUGACAAGGAAGGAAAAGAUCUUUUGGAUUUGACUGAAAAGUAUACUGCUGAUCAGAACAAUAAAAGAGAUAAGGACUUUGGGGAUCACCCUGAAGUAAAGUCUGCUGAUGACCAAAGUAAAAAGCGGAUAAUUGAGAAAGCAAGUGAAAAUCCUCCAAGGGCUCCAAACCAUCUCCCAGAAACAAACUACUCUAGUGACAGUGAAAGAAAGAUCAGCAAAUCAUCACUUGGUGCCUAUGAAGAAAAUAUAACUGGAAAUACUAUCAAAACUGUUUAUUCUACUUCUGAUCGGAGUAUAAUUGGAAAAGAUAUAUGUACAUACUGCAGGAAGCCCUUGGGCAUAGAUGCCAAAAUGAUCUUAGAUGCCUUGCAAAUUUACUGUCAUUCGACUUGCUUCAAGUGUGAAGUAUGUAAAAGACCUCUGGAAGAUCUAAAAGCAGGAGACAGCAUUUGGAUUUACAAACAAACUGUGCACUGUGAGCCUUGCUAUUCCAAAGUUAAAGAAAAAUGGAUCUACUAAUUUUGACAUACAGAACGUACGAUGAAGUUACUAUUGUUUAACUGUAUUGACCUGUUAAUUCACUGUGGGAAAUUAUACAUUUUUACUGCUGGGAAUUCUCUGAAUGAAGUCCUACUGCAUGGUUAUCAAAUGAAUUAAUUUAAUAAGAAUUUAGAUGCAUUUUCAUACACACAUUGCAGGAAGCAAAACAAGAUAUUGGUCACUAUAUUUAUCAGAUCUAUGAUAUCACUAAGUUGUACAUAAAAUCAAUGAUAAUUUAUUGAAAUUUUCUGAAUGUCCUACACAUUUGUUUUGAAGGGGCUGUAUUACCUUUUCCUCCAAUAUAUAUAUCUGUUUGCUUCAUAUAGCAUGAAUGGGAUUCACCUCAUCAAGAAUAGCCAUGUAGAAGCCAGCUAUUCAGUUUAAACUACUGCUUUUAUGCAUACUGGACAUUCAAGGGGAGACAUCAACCUCCAGAGGAAGGUUCUUCCCAAUUAACUUAAGUGAUAAAUUUGAGAUGGAACAACUCAUCUUUGGAAAAUGCAUCUCUACAACAGCAGAAGGAUUCUAGACAAAAAUUCUAGAUGGUUUUAAGUCAAACUACCCCACUCCAUGUUUGUAAGUCUGCUAACUAUUUAAUCGCCAUUUUUUAAAGAAGUGCACACUACACAGUUGCCAUGAAAUAAUGAACUACAUACUUUGCAUGAUAUUACGUUGUUGCAUUUAUACUUCCUACUUUAUUAAAUUGACUAUCUAAACACUUUGGAUGGCUUCAUCUCACGUAAAUUUAUACAUCUACAGUGUAGACUUCUGUUUCUGAGUUACUUGAUCUAUCUUAUAUAGAGAAGCAGACAUUUUUAGGAAGCAAUGCAAUUGGUCAGUUGCAAACAUCUAUUUUUCUGUGAUGUUAACCAAUGUGCAUCUUACUUACAUGGUUUGCAAAGGAACCUGGAAUGAACAGCUCAGAUUUCUAGACCUCUCCACCAUGCCAGUUACACUUCUUUGAGAUUACAGUGAAAGAAUUAUUUUUUCCUUUUGGAGAGUGUAUGUGUAUACAAGUAUAGAAACUGAAAGAAUAAUUCAUGCUUUGUUACAAUAUAUUGCCUAAAAUAAUCAAUAGUUCAGUAGCUUACUGGACAGACAAAGGUAUUGACUACUAGUCUCUGUCAUGAGAUGCUUUACAUUAUGGUUUUUCAGAACUGAUUUUUCUGCUGUACAUCUCAGUUUAAAAGGACUUCCUGGAUAUGACCAUGACAGAGUUAGUGUUUGGAGGCUGCAUGGACCUAGGAAAGAGCUUAAAAGCAUGCAAAGUAUUAAAGCCAUAGGUUAGUAAUAGACUGGUGAGCGUCUGUCCCAGUCAAACUCUCUCUCCUUGACUGCACAUUUCAUAGGGGAGGCAGGAGCUAUGAUGUCUGUGUAAUUUAAACCACUGGGCCUGCAGCUGAGUAAGGAUGUUGUCUGGCUUAAAGGAUGUUCAGACUGAUUAUGCAAUGGAGACAUGAGAUAGUAGAUUUUUGUUUUGUUCAUUUUAUGAAUAUCUUAUGAAUUAAUAUCAGUAACUCUAAU